AUGGGUCAUUGGCGGGUAACCUUUGGCGGGUUUUGGCUACGGGUCCUGAGCGUCGACGAAGCCCGUAGGUUCAGUAUGCCAAGCAUUCGUGAUAACAAUCUCCGAAAGUCCCCAGAGUACUGUCACUAUCUCGAGGCAGUUAAGGACAGGGAGCUUAUGCUGCCGGAUUUCAAGAUAGGAUGCCUCAAGUAUACAGUUCCCUCUGCCAACAGAAACAUAUUGGUCAAGUACUUGAAGGACAAGAACUCCUACGGCAUGGAGUUUACAUUGCACAAUGGACCUCCCACUAUAAAGGAACUGAUGGAGGCCAAAGGCAAGUCCUAUCUAGAUUACUUGAAGCACAAGCAAGCUGCUACCAAGUCCAAGGACCACAAUACUAAGGGUGUCAAGAAUUUCAACGAGGGUGAAGCUGGAAAUGAUCAGGACAAUGGCAAGGGCCUUUCAAGUGGUCCAUCUGCCAUGAGGGUAGCAAGGCAGCUAAAUCAGCUAGUAAGAAAGGAACUAUACCCUACAAGACCUGUUGCAACGCAAAGGGCAAAGGCAAAGGGAGCAAACAUGGAUAAUGCAAAAGAGACAAGCAAUAAAGAAAGUAUCUUAAAUAAGGAAAAUAAGUAUAAAAAUAAGGAGGAAAAGGCUGCUGAGCCUGAGGAAGUACAGGGUGAUGACAGAUAUAUCUCUGAAUACCUUUUGCAACUAACCUGGAUCUCAGAGACUUUGGCCUUAAUCUAG